UCCCUUCAGUCUCACUGGUCUUUGUAGCAGCAUCAAAGAACAAAGGUGAUCUUCAGUAAAAAGAUCUAUAGAAAAAGACUUUGUGUUCAAAAAAGGAGAUGGUUUUCCAUAAAGACCACUAUGAAAUUUCAGUGGCAUAUGAGAAAUUCAGUGAUACUCUUCAUGCCAGUAAAGAUGUACCAAAGAGCUGCUCAGAUGAAAACAGCAAAGCCACUUCCGGUUUUUUCACAGAAGUUCAGCGGUACAAAGUGGCUGCAGUGGUGUUCGGACUUAUAUGUCUACUACAGCUAACUCUUAUAAUUUUCCUUGCUCUAUCAGCCUCCCAUCAUAAAACCCAGAACGAGAAGGAGAAAAGGGAGCUGAAAACAAUCAACUUUGACCUCCGGGUCAGCAAUAAAAACUUGACUGAAGAAAAAGAGCAGCUGAGGAGGAAUCUAAGUGACUUUGUUUCACAACGUAAUCCUCUGAUUGUGGAGAGAGAUGGACUGAAGAAGACCAACUUUGAUUUCCAGUCCAGUCUGAAUAAUCUGACUGCAGAGAGGGAAAGGCUGAUCAGAAAUAUCAGUGGUACUGAGGCCAAUAACAAACAACUGACUGAACAGAGAGAUGAACUGAAAAAGAAACUUGAAAACGUUAGUUUGGAGCUUAGUUUCCUGACUGGGGAGAGAGACAAGUUGGAGGAGAUUAACCUUGUUACUCAGGCAAGUCUGGAAAACCUGACAGAUGUGGGAGAAAUGCUGAUCAGAACCAUCAAUGUUAUUAGUGCCAAUAACAAAAACCUGACUGAAGAGAGAGAUGAGCUGAGGAAGGACCUCAGUAACCUUGCUUCACAUCUUAGUUCCCUGACUAACGAGAGAGACGAGUUGAAGAAGAUUAACUUUGGUAUUGAGGCAAGUCUGAAAAAUCUGACUGAAGAGAGUGAAAAUCUGAUCAGAACUAUCAAAAAUAUCGAGUCCAGUCACAAAAAUGUGACUGGAGCGAGAGAUGAGCUGAUGAGGGAGCUGAAUGUUUUUACUUCACAGCUUACCUCUAUGACUAAAGAGAGGGAUGAUUUAAAACAGAUGAACUCAGAUAUUGAAGCCAAUAGUAAUACCUUAAGAGAAGACAAAGAUGAACUCAACAGGAAGCUGAAUGAUUUAGUCUCCAAACAGAAUUCCUUGACUGAAGAAAGAGACACCUUGAUGAAGACAAAGUUACAAAUUGAGGCCAUGUUCAGAACAAUCACACAAGAAAGAGAUGAGCUAAGGACAAAGGUCAACACCAUAAGUCAACCAGGAUGGAUGCUUUUUAGCGGCAGUGUGUACUACAUUUCUUCUAUUAAAAAGACCUGGCAAGAAAGUAGAACCUUUUGUCAGUCAAAAGGUGCAGACCUGAUGAUUAUCAACAGCAAAGAAGAACAGAAUUUUGCAAACGAGUUGCAAAAGUACAUGUGGAUUGGACUGACUGACUUAGAAACAGAGGGAACAUGGAAAUGGGUGGACGGCAGUCCACUGGCAACAAGCUACUGGAGUGACGGCGAGCCAAAUGGUAAAACAACUGAGAACUGCGGGAACAUAAAGACUUUUACUCAAGCAAGAAGCUGGAAUGAUGAACUAUGCUCCCAUUCCCUCAACUGGAUCUGUGAAAAUAGGCUAAUCCAGUAAUUAAUACCAAACAGUAGAAAACUUCUCAAAUGCAGAUAACAGAACUAUUUUUUAUUUACUCAAACCUUUAGUUGUUGAUAAUAUUUACACAGUUGUUUGCAUAGUUUGCAUUCUCUUCAAAAACUAUGAAAUACAAAGAUUGCUGCAGUGAGUGAUCAUUAAUUAUUAAUAUAAGGAGCAGAGACAAGUAGGGUGUUGGAAGAUUUGUUCAUAAAUUAUGAUUGCUUAGAGCAGGAACUUGUGUGUGUGCAGGGGAGUUCUGGGAAGCAGUCUGUUUGCACCCCAGCCAAUCUUAGUGUCCCUGAAUGCCGUAUGUGGACGUGUGGGCUGUAUCAGUCUCUGGACAAAACCAGUUUUAUUCAGUAGGACUUGUAUUUGUGAAACUGUGUGUAGCCACACCCACAAUGCUGUAACAUGAAUGUUUUUUUCCUUUCUUUAAUAAAAGGCUGUGACACAGGGCAGCUCCUCUG